GAGUUUAUCUAUUUUAUUCUUGUCAUUAAUUUGAUUGAUUGAUUGGGAAUUUUGGUGGUCAAUGGUCUGUACUGGUGAUUGCAGUCAUGAUUGUCACCGGUUGUUGUGCAGUUGUGAUUGGAUUCGGCUUUCGUGUGAUCGUUGGCUCGUAUCGGCUCAUUCAUCCUGUGAUUUAAUCACUCCUGGGGCUCACGAUCAACGAUUAAUUGCGAAAUUUUGAGGUUUAAGGCGUUUGUUGGGUGUUUUAAUAUCUACGUGGUACUAAUUUCCAUUGGCACGUUGCAACGCGGUCAUUCGAACACACGGGCGAUCGUCCAACGCAUGAAUACAGUCGUGUUAACUCUGCCGUUUAUAUUUGGCUACUGUUUGGGCUUUUCAGAUUUUUUUUUUUCGUCAACUAGCUUCGGGUUUAUCGUAUAAAAACAAUCAUUUCUGGUGAUUGAAUUUGUUAGGGUCAGAUAAAUUUUUGGAUAACGAGAAAUUAUAACGGAUUUUAUGGAGGGAUUUUUAUUGGAUCGUGUGGACAAGCAGUCAAUAGCCAAUUAGUCGAAUGGAAUUAGGGAAAUUAGCGGCUUUGAACCAGUAGUUAUUAAAUCGUCGUUUUAAUCAACUGGGAUAUUUUUUUUUCUGAUUUUUAUGGAGUCGUUGGGGAGUUAAUGAUACAUCGGAGUGAAAAUGCCUCGAUAUAUCUUCGGCCUCUGCACACACCUACGUUUAAAUAAGGAGACCCGAUUGAGAGGGGACUGCAAGAGGGAGAGAAAGAGGAGAUGAAAAAUCGGAGAAAUAACGUCACUUGAUUAAUUACUCCCAGCUACUGGAUGAAAUGAUAGCAGUGGAAAAACAAGACGAGUUUGUAUCGGUCGGAGGCGUACAGUUCACUUGAGACUGCGUGAGUUAUCCAGUGAAUCAAGGAGAGGGAUUUUUUUUUUAUAUCUCCAAGAACACCAGAAGACUGUAUCGGCGUGUGUAAAGCACGGGAAUUAAUCGUACGAGUGAGUGGUAGAACGUAAUGAGUUGAAUCUGACGUCUUCAUCGGUUAUGGAUUUAUCGAGGUGGCGAGUUUUUCUGGGUGAAAAUCCCGAGACUUUUUUGUCGCGGUGAAAAUUCACGGGGAAAAUGUCUCUUCACAUUUUUGGAAAACCUGUCGUUUGUUGCGAGAUUGUCCGGGAAUCGAGAAGCUGUUGAACUAAUUUCUUCGAAUCCAGGUUAUUCGGUGGUGGGAUGAUGGUCGCCCUUGCACUUGGAAUAAAUUCACGACUAAUGAGAGCUGUUAAAAUGGCUGUUGGAGUUCCAUGUGAUAUUCUCGAGGAAGAAGUGAGUUGAGAAUUCAUUGAUGAAAAAUUCAAUUAUCUUGGGAUUGUACGUGAAUUAUCCGUGCCGUUGGGAAUUAUUUAUACUCGAGGGAUAAACCACUCGAUCUUAACAAACUUCAACUGAGGAUGGGAAGAGUGGAUACAGCCAUCAACCUUGAAAAUAUACCUCACUCAAACAUUAUUAAUAGUUUAAACGACGAAGACCACGAAAACCGCCCACUUGGGGUUUCUAUCGGGACUAAGUAGCUGGGAGGAACUUGAAAAUUGAUUUUUUUUAAUAUCCUAGUCACUCGCGGUUGUCCCCUGAGAGAUCGUGAUUUUCGUCAAGUUUCUCGCUUCCGUCGUGAUUCACCAGUGAAGUGAAACGGUUUAGUUCUCUCCAUUUUCCAUUCUUCUCGAAAUUUCUUCGAAAUUGCAUGAGAAAAAUUGCAACAAAAUCUGACCCAGUCAGUUUUCCGAAAUUAAAUUCCCCAGGACAUUCAUAUUUUCCCAAAGAUUCUUCGAUUAUUAAUUGGUUGUGGAAUCUUUGCAAAACAGAUGAUUAAAAAUUCACUUCUCCAUCUUUAAUUAUGAUAGACGUUUUUCUGACGUUUUUUGGCGGUUGUAAUUUUUGGAUUUAUCAUAAGGAUAGAGUCACUUUAACUUGCGGUUUUCCACCUUUAAAGCGGAAUAUUCUAGGAGAAGAUGUCGGGCCUUGACAUUUCCUUCUAAACCAUCCCACUGGCUCCUCCCAAUUUCCCUGGCGAAUAAUUACACCUCUCAAAUAAUUAGUGAACUCCAAAAUUACGAAUUUUCUGCACUGGAGUGGUCGGUUGUAUCAGCUGACGCCUCGCCAUCCGAAAAACUAAAAACGAUUAAAAUUUACGUAAUGCGGUGUCGCCAUUGCUCAUCCAUUUUCCCCUCGUCUCCUCUGCAUCUCUCAAUUUUUCCACCACCCCUGAUACCUUCCCCAACCUGUACCCAUCUCACUUGGCCCACAGAAUCAACUGAGGACGCAUUAUUUCGUUGGUUAUACGUGGACUAGCUUGCACAGUCUCCUCUGAAAAUUUAUUUUUAGUAUACCAUCCCAACAGUAUUUGGCGCGGUGAAACAGUUUUGCCCCCGUCCUCGUCUACCACUUCUGAAUCGCGGUGUCUUGCGUCGUUUGUCGUCGUCGAGGUGGACAUCACUCGAUCGACGUGCGUUACCGAUAAAACAACUUCCCCUCGGGACACUAAAUCCACAAGUGCCAAAAAAAUCCAUUAAAAUGUUGUUAAAAUAACGAAAUCUCGAGGCUAGACCUCACCACCUAAACGAGAAUCAUAAUUGAAAAAAAAAGAAACAUUAAAAAUCAGUGGACAACUUAAUCAAUUGAGUAAAAGAAAAUCAGGAAAUUAAGGCAAUUAAGGAAAUUAGGAAAAAUCGUAGAGGACCUUGAAUAAAUAAAAAAAAAAACCUUCCCUCGUGAAAUCCAAGUUUAACUCGACCGUCACAACUCAAUCGUCGCCGUUGGGCAAGAGGUCAACCCCUUGGUAGGAAAAAUGUUUGCGUUUACACCUCGAGAUAACUCAUCGUCGUCCCGUCAGCCCUCGACGUCUCGUCGUAAUCGUUACACCCGCUCAUCAACAGCUAGUGUCACCCAGCUGUUGAGUGACUCCUGUUCAAAUCUCCUCCAGCGAUUAACCACUCGUGUACGUGGCCCCUCCAACACUGUAGACAGACAAUCAACAGUCGCUCGUUCACCAGUGCGUCCAGCUCGUGAUCUUGGCUCAACAAGAAGUCGUCUGGAAGACAAGUACCAGUCGAUACUGGAUCGUUACUCCAGGAGAAAGGAUGGCGAUGCAGCUAAUAAUAAUUACAAGCGGAAUAACAAUCGAAACGAUAACGACGUGUACGUGAGGGAUGAGUUGAGUCCGUUUACCCGCGAGGAGAAGACCCUGGAGCCAGAGCCAAAGCCAAGGAUUGUUGUUCUCAGUGAGAAGGCAUAUCCUUAUGUAAGUACGAGUGGAGUUAAACGGGAGAAGACACCGGGUUAUCAUCGACACAGGUCGAAUCAAUUGACGGGUGAAUCGAUCAGGAGAUAUGGUAGACACAAGUCCGGCCAAACUGAGAGCAGGAGCAGAAAAGUCAGGCCACUUCAUCGCUCGGGGAAGAGCGAACAGCUCGAGGGCACCCUUGGCAGGCUCAAACGCAAGGAAACAGACACCAAUGCCGAUCCCGAUAGAACACCUACUCAGAGAAUUCCAGAUACCAUCGAGGACGAGGCCAUCACCGAGAGGGAGGCUAAGCGCAAGGAGAUUCAGGGACUUAUUAUGAAGUACUCAGCUAUUGAAGAGGCUUAUGGCAAAGUUGGGGGGCCCAAUGGCGAGGUCAAACCCAGUGCUGCUGAUAUCAUUGCCAGCAAGUAUCAGAAGAAUACUGCGAAGGGAAUUUGUUCGGUGGCUGAUGGGAAGUUUAAUGAGGGCAAGAUUAGCCCACGACAACCAUCCGUCGAGGACGACGAGGACGGCCACCUUGUAUACCAAAAUGGCGACGUCCUGGCAAAUAGAUAUAAAGUACUGUCAACCCUGGGGGAAGGUACUUUUGGAAAAGUUGUCAAGGUUAAGGAUAUGCAAAUGGAUCACACUAUGGCCUUGAAGAUUAUCAAGAAUGUAGAGAAGUACAGAGAGGCUGCUAAGCUGGAGAUUAAUGCACUUGAGAAAAUUGCAACGAAAGAUCCAGAUUGUCAACAUCUCUGUGUGAAAAUGUUGGACUGGUUCAAUUACCACGGGCACAUGUGCAUUGCCUUUGAAAUGCUGGGACUCAGUGUGUUCGAUUUUCUAAGAGACAACAGUUACCAGCCAUAUCCCCUGGAUCAUGUUCGACACAUGGGGUAUCAGCUGUGUUAUGCUGUGAAAUUCCUCCACGACAACAAACUCACUCACACGGAUCUCAAACCUGAAAAUAUACUUUUCGUUGACUCAGACUUUGACAUCUCAUACAACGCCAAAAAGCGUCUUCUGUUCAAGCGACGAGAUGUGAGGCGUGUCAAGCGAACGGACAUUCGUUUAAUCGAUUUUGGAAGUGCGACAUUCGAUCAUGAGCAUCACAGCACCAUCGUAAGUACGCGACACUACAGAGCGCCCGAAGUUAUUCUCGAGCUUGGAUGGUCCCAGCCGUGUGAUGUUUGGUCAAUUGGCUGCAUACUCUUUGAAUUGUACCUGGGAAUAACGUUGUUCCAAACACACGAUAAUCGUGAACAUCUCGCUAUGAUGGAGCGCAUACUUGGCACUAUUCCACACCGUAUGGCGCGUAAAACUAAGACCAAGUACUUUUAUCAUGGCAAAUUGGAUUGGAAUGAUAAUAGUUCUGCUGGAAGAUAUGUUAGAGAUAAUUGUAAACCGUUGCACCGUUAUUUACUGUGUGAGGAAGAGGAACACCGACAAUUAUUUGACUUGAUCCAACACAUGUUGGAGUAUGAACCAUCCCAACGGAUAACUCUGAAGGAUGCUCUUUCCCAUCCUUUCUUUGACUCACUCCCAGCCUCCCAGAGAAUAACGGACGCACGAGCUGGUGGUGAAUCCCAAUCGACGCACGAACGAUCUCACUCUCUGUCUCGAUGAAGCUAGAAGUGGGACCGAUCCCUUGACUGCUCAGACACCAAACUCAAACGAGUAUUUAAUGCAUUCUGUGGAAAAUUGUCACUGUACCUAGGACGAUACUUCUGAAACCUCCCCGUUUUAAUUCAAUUCUUUUUUUUAUUUAAUUAAGGUACGCCGAUGACUUUUACCAGAGAAAAAAUGAAAAAUGUCACAACCGUGUCUGUUCAGUGAAAAGCGACUGUGUCCCAUCCUAAUCGAUUUAUUUUUCCUUCAACUCUAUCAUUUGCGAUUGUAAUUACACAUUUUGUAAUGCUCUUCUGUACAUUGUAUCUUUUAUUUUAUUAAUAACAAUUCAGAGACAGAUGGAGGAGAUAAUUGUAAAGGGGGAAUGCUGAUGGAGAUUUUCACUUUCUUUCUUUUUUUAGAAAACUUUCAGUGAUUGAUAUUGAACCUUCGUUUCUUUUUGUUUUGUAAAUUGUUGAUAAUGGUGAUAAUAUUUACGUGAACUGUUUCAAUGAACUAAAUGAAAAGGUUAACGAAAUGAGGCGUGAGUCAGUGAGUGGAGGUAUGACUGAUUUUUCAGAUUAUGAAAAUAAUGAUGUGUGUUGAGGCAUCAUCAGUUCUUCGCUUAAUAAAGUAAAUCAUGAUUUCAA